AUGAAGGCUCUUAUUCUCGUUGGAGGAUUCGGAACAAGAUUGAGACCGCUUACCUUCAGCAUGCCAAAACCGCUUGUUGAUUUUGGAAACAAACCCAUGAUUUUGCAUCAGAUUGAAGCACUGAAAGCUGCUGGAGUGACUGAAGUUGUAUUAGCUAUCAAUCACCAACAACCAGAGGUCAUGUUGAAUUUUGUGAAAGAGUAUGAGAAGAAGCUUGAGAUAAAGAUUACGUUUUCUCAAGAAAUAGAACCACUCGGGACAGCAGGGCCUCUCGCGCUGGCUCGGGAUUUGCUAGUCGAUGAAUCAGCCGAACCCUUUCUUGUACUAAACAGCGAUGUUAUCUGCGAAUAUCCGUUGCUUGAGAUGAUCGAAUUUCACAAGACUAACGGCGCUGAAGCUUCGAUCAUGGUGACUAAGGUUGAUGAUCCUUCUAAGUAUGGUGUUGUGGUUAUGGAGGAAGAUACAUCGAGGGUUGAAAGUUUUGUAGAGAAACCGAAACAUUUUGUGGGGAACAAGAUCAACGCUGGGAUAUACCUCUUGAACCCAUCUGUUCUUGAUAGGAUCGAGCUGAGACGAACAUCGAUAGAGAAAGAGAUAUUCCCUAAGAUAGCUUCAGAGAGGAAGCUUUACGCAAUGGUCUUACCUGGUUUUUGGAUGGACAUUGGUCAGCCAAAAGAUUACAUAACAGGGCAAAGAAUGUAUCUCGAUUCUCUAAGAAAGAAAGCACCACAGGAAUUGGUUACAGGGGAUCAUAUUGUAGGGAAUGUUCUGGCGGAUGAAACCGCGGUGAUAGGAGAACGCUGCUUGAUAGGACCUGAUGUGGUGAUUGGACCGGGAUGUGUGAUUGAAUCAGGUGUAAGGUUGUUUAAUUGCACUGUAAUGCGCGGUGCUCGGAUCAAGAAACAUGCUUGCGUAUCGAAUAGUAUUGUGGGAUGGGAUUCGACCGUUGGAAGUUGGGCUCGGGUAGUUAACAUUUCGGUUCUUGGCAAAGAUGUUCAUGUCGCCGAUGCAGAGGUUUAUAGCAAUGGGGCUACUAUUAUCGAAGAGCAAAUGUCCGUGAAACCAGAGAUUGUCGUAUGA